AUGGCCGAUAUCACCAGAGACGAGGUCAGUCUUUACGACCGGCAGAUCCGACUUUGGGGCCUUGACGGCCAGCGGCGACUGCACGAGGCCAAUGUGCUUGUGGUCGGAUUCGAUGCUGUCACCGUUGAAGUUGUCAAAAACGUGGUGCUUGCUGGGGUGGGUGCGCUCACCAUCGCUGACGACAACCAGGUCUCAGAAACCGAUCUAGAAUACAAUUUUUUCGUGACUGCUCAAGAUAUUGGCGCGAAUCGCGUCGAGGCUGGUCUGGUGCGUGUGCAGCGCCUUAACCCCCGCGUGGCAGUGACCGCGCAUCUCCACAAACCUGCUGACCUGCAUGCUGAAUUCCUCGGCCAAUUCGAUGUCGUGGUUACCAGCGGUGUGCCGUUUGACGAAAUGACAAGAAUAAAUGCUGCUGUGCGUGAUGCCGGGCACGCAUUCUACGCAACUGGCCUCUUUGGCUGGAUGGGCUAUAUAUUCGCCGACCUUGUCGAGCACACAUUCACCGUUGAGCGGCCGCGGCCCAACGCACCAACGAAACUCGGACGAGUGUCAUUGACCCGAGAAGUGCUUGACGCACACGUCGACAGUGCAAACAACGAGCGGCUGCAAAUUCGGGAGGUCUAUGCUCCUCUGCAUAUUGCGGUGGAGAACGCCGUCAAGCUGCCGUUCGCAAGCACCUUGAAGCCUCGUGCUCGGGCCCGGGUCACCCCUUAUCUUCCUGCGCUGCUGGCCAGCUGGGAAACUGCAACUCUCGCUACGGCAGAUGUAGAGGCCAAGGCCCGGGCUCUCGGGCUCCCAGCAACCAUUGUCACCCACGAGUUUGUUGCCAGCUUUGGUGCCUUGGAGGGUGUCCAGAUCUCUGCCGUGGCUGCGGUGGUAGGUGGCCAGCUCGCCCAGGAUAUGAUCAACUAUCUUACGCGUCGUGAGUAUCCCAUUCAAAACAUCGUUAUUUACGACGCUAAAAGCGGCCAGGGGCCCAUGUAUGUACUGUAG